AUGGGGGCGGCGUGCGCGCGGCGGCUCGCGGCCGGCGGGGCCGCGGUGGUGCUGUUCGACCGGCAGGCGGAGCCCCUGCAGGAACUCGCCGGCGAGCUGGACGGGCUGGCGUGCCCGGGCGACGUGACCUGCGCCGCGGACGUCGAUGGGGCGGUGGCCGCCGCGCUUGCGCGCCACGGGCGGCUGGACAUCCUAAUCAACGCCGCCGGCAUCAUGCUGCGCACGCGCUUCUUCCAGUUGGAGGAGGACGAGUUCGACCGCGUGGUGGCCGUCAGCCUCAAGGGCUCGUUCCUGACCAGCAAGGCGGUCGCGGAGCCGAUGCGCCGCGGCGGUUUCGGCCGCAUCGUCCACUUCUCCUCCACCGCCGGCCGCACCGUCAGCACCCUGGGCGGCUGCCACUACACGGCCGCCAAGCACGGCGUGCUCGGCCUGACGCGCGCGCUGGCCAAGGAGCUGGCCCCGCACGGCAUCACCGUCAACGCGGUCUGCCCCGGGCUCAUCGACACGGAGAUGGUGCGCGAUACCGUCACGCCGGAACGGAUCGCCGCGUACGAGGAGAGCUUCCCGGUCUCCCGCCUGGGCACGCCGGAGGAGGUCGCCGAGGCGGUGGCGUUCCUGACCAGCGAGCACGCCGGCUACAUCACCGGCGCCCCCAUCGACAUCAACGGCGGCGGCUUCAUGGGCUGA